AUGAAGGUAGAUCUGAACAGUGGUUUGAGAUUCUUUGGAAGACCAUCUGUUGACAAGAUACACCAGUGCCCAUACUGUGCUCAUACCAGUUUGCGGAGAGAUAACAUGGUCAUGCACAUACGCACCCAUACAGGGGAAAAGCCCUUUGCUUGCAAUCAGUGUCCCUUUCGUUCUUCUACCAGAUUUGUUUUGAAAAACCACAUCAGAACACAUACUGGAGAAAAGCCAUAUUCAUAUUGUCUCAAUAAUAUGUGUCAUAAAAAUCAUGGUGCCGAAAAUAUUGGCAGUGGGUUUGUAAGUAGCCAACAUCCAGGGUGUGUAGUGCACACGAACACCUGUGAGCGCGGCCAGGAAUACGAUGCGCAGCAUGGAAAUGGUACCCUCCCUGGAGGCGGCGCUCUUCGAGUCAUGGCUUAUAGGUUAGUGCACUCAUGGGGAGUUUUUUCCAUCAGCCAGGCCUUUGCAUGUUCAUGUCACCCAAUCCUUGGCCAUUUUGCCCGAUUAAGACAUAUUCAUGUCACCUGGCUUUCAACACAGAUUUUACAAGACAGGGACCAUAGUGUCUUCUGGAUCAUAGGGGUUAAUAUUGUUUACAUACAGAUGACAGCACAAGUGAGACUGAACUAUGAGGGAACGAGGAAUAGCGGAAGGCGAGCUGUCGGCAAGGUGCACCACUGUCCUUACUGCACAUAUUCCACUGUUAAGAAAGACCAUAUGACAAAGCAUAUAAGAGUUCACACUGGAGAGAAACCUUUUUCUUGUUCUUACUGUCAAUAUAGUGCAACAACUAAAGAAAAUUUAAUGCAACACAUUAGAACUCAUACAGGAGAAAAACCAUUUGCUUGUCCUCAUUGCUCAUACAGUGCUACAAAGAAAGACAAACUUAAGCAGCAUAUAAGAACUCAUACUGGAGAAAAACCUUUUGCUUGCCCACAUUGCCCUUUUCGCUGCUGUUCUAUGGUUACUUUAAAGAAUCAUGCUCAAGUUCACACCUAUCGCCACUGGUGCACAACUAUUAGGCAUUCCCGACAGGUGGAAGAGAACAAUGAUGACUCGAGGAACGGAGGGAGAGGAGCCGUCACCAAGGUGCACCAGUGUCCGUACUGCAAAUAUGCCACUGAUAGGAAAGACCACAUGACAAAGCAUAUUCGAACUCACACUGGAGAGAAACCCUUUACCUGUCAAUACUGUACUUACAGUGCCACAACAAAAGAUAAACUGAUACAGCAUCUGCGCACCCAUACUGGAGAGAGACCAUUUUCAUGUCCUUACUGCUCUUACUCUGCCACAAAGAAAGACAAGUUAAGGCAGCACAUUCGCAUCCAUACCGGAGAAAAGCCAUUCCCAUGUCCACAUUGUCCAUAUCGGUCAACCACAAAAGCAACAUUAAACAACCAUAUGAAAGUCCAUGCUGAUCUAAAAGAUUAUUUAUUGGGUGUGAAUGGAGAUGCAUUUUAUAAAUAUUUCUUAGCCUUUUUUGGCCUAAAUAAUAGGCAUUCCCGACAGGUGGGAAGUGAUGGUUCGAAGAAUAGCAGCAGAGGAGCUGACGGCAAGGUGCACAAGUGUCCCUACUGCACAUAUUCCACAGAUAGGAAAGAUCACAUGACAAAACAUAUUCGUACUCAUACAGGAGAGAAACCAUUUACCUGUCAAGACUGUCCCUAUAGUGCAACCACAAAAGACAAAUUGAUACAGCAUCUGCGUACUCAUACCGGAGAAAGGCCAUUUACUUGUCCCUAUUGUUCAUAUUGUGCAACUAAAAAGGACAAAUUGCAUCAGCACAUACGUAUCCACACUGGAGAGAAACCCUUCUCUUGUCCAUAUUGCCCAUUCAGAUCAUCCACCAAAAAUACCAUGAAUAAUCAUAUCAGAAUCCACACUGGGGAAAAACCAUAUUCAUGCACACAGUGCCCAUAUCGAGCUUCACAAAGGUCAGCAUUGUUAUGCCAUAUGGCAAGACAUAAAAAGUAACUUGUUUAUUAUUUCCCAUUGUCUUCCCCCUUCUUUGG